UUGUGGUGGUGUGGCACAGUGGUGGCUAUCACCCUGCUCCUGUUCGCACUGACGACGUUGACGACGCUUCUCCGGCCAGCCUCAGCCGCAGCCGCAGCCCUCGCGGUGCCUAUGCCGAGUUCCAGGCCCACAUUCAGGAGGAGUGCCUUGCAGGAUCAGCGGGAUCAGCAGCGGGAAACCAUUGCCUACUUAUGGGCGUCGCUAAGAAAAAGACACUAUGACGACCAUCUGAAGGAGCAACUGAAAAGCAGCCACAAUUGUUUGUCAUGCCAAGACUUAUCGAAUGUAAUUGGAAGCGACGGCGAAAGUGUAAAUAUCAGUGAGGGUGAGAGUGAGAGUGCGCGAUUGUCGGCGAUUUUGUGCAGUGUAAAUAGUGCAAAUAAUACGCGUAAGUUAAAUUUAAUUCUGGCCAAGGAAAGGCAUCAGCAGAAGCCCCAGUCCCAGCCCCGGCCCCAGCCCCGGCCACAGCAGCGAGGGGUGCCUUAUGCUGUUGGCACAAAUUUGCAAAAUAAAUUACCAGCAUCGAGUGCGGAUUGCCACUUAAGUCCAAGUGCCGAGACAAAUAUUCAUUCUGCCCCGCCGUCGCCGUCGCCGACGUCAUACCCCCUAUGCUCCUGCCCCCCAUCCUGUUCAUAUAGUAAUCGUCAUCAUCAUCAUCAUCGUCAUCAUCAUUAUCGUUAUCGUCAUCGUUGUUGUUGUCGUUGUCGGUGUCGGUGUCGUUGUUGUGUUCGUUGUUAUAUUCGGUGUUGUUGUCGUUGUCGCGACGCGUCGCACUCGACUGGCGGUGUCGCCUUCGCGUCUGCAUCCGCAUCGCCCGCGUCCAUGCUCUUGCCAUAUCAAAUUAAUCAACGUGCUACAUUGUUGCAGCAUCGGGCAGCAGCAUCAGCAUCAGCAGCAGCACUAACAACAACUGCAACAUCAACUACAUUGCCACAUGUGCCCGGGGCAACAACUCUGCGUGCCUUGCCUCGUAUUUUUAAACGUGAUACAGCCGAAACGGCGACCACUGCGUCACCUUUGACACCGCAGCAACAUCCAACAGUUCCUGCAACAGCAGCAGCACAAGCAGCAACAUCAACUAUACCAACAACACUAAAAACAACCACAAAAAGAUCGCGACUCGAGUAUAUACUGUACACAGAGGUAUAUGAGGAAGAGGAUUCCAUAUCCCAAGGCGAUUUCAAAUCCAAUUUCGACCUAAAGUCAAGUGUGGGCAGUGAGACCUUCUGGCAGGAAUACGGUGAGUGAUAAAAAAUUACUGGCAUUUACCAUUUAAUUGAAUAUUUUUAAGAAUUGUAUAAAAAACACAUGAAUCUCUGAAGAGAAAUUAAUGGGGAGAAGUCGAUGGUGCAACAUUGUUGCUAAGUUCUUGAAAAUUUAAGGUCUAUUAGUUAGAAGUCUUUGAUUAUUAUUUAAACAUGAUUAACAUUAUAAAUCUAAACUUAUUAGUCUUCAGGUUAAAGUUAAAUAAAAAUGGAAUAAACAAUUUCCUGCCACAUUUCCAUUGCAAUGUCCCAGCCCUGACAUCAUAUCUGAACAUUUUUCUACCUUAUGCGAUAUGGAAUUUGUCGCUGCCUGUGGGGGAAGGGAUAUGUGGAUAUCAGGGAUAUGGAUAUGAUGUGGGAUUUUUAACACAGCUGGCUGGUUAACAUAAUUUUCGUGGGCAUCUUUCGGUGCUGUUGCUGGUGGGGUUCUUUUUAUGCAAUUCAAUGGAAAAUAAAGCGAACAACGACGGUAAAAACAACAGCAGCCAGGGGAGGAGAGAGAGUCGAGGAUGAUGGAAAGAAAAAUAAAAAAAUUAUUAAGAGACUGAAAUUAUGACAGACUAACAGGAUACUUAGGGAUCUUUUGGUUAUUUUUUGAAAAAAAAUGGUAUUUAAAUAAGGACCUUCUUAAAUGUAUCUAUGAGAUAGAAAAAGAAGUGGGUAGGUUGUUUAGAAUCAGAAGUAGAUUGCAAAAAACGAGUUCAAGAGCACAAAAAUUAAGUUUAAAAAAUAUAAUUAGUAGAAAACUUUCUUACAAAAACUAUAUAUUUUUAAAUAAAAACAUUUAUUAAAAUGUAGAAUAUACAACUCUGAAAGUACGAAAAACUAUCUUAUUGAAUUAUUCUUAUAUAUUUUAAAAUAUUUAUUUUAAAUAAUGUACUAAAUUCUUAUGUGUUAAUAUACCCUAAGAUUCUAAUCAUAUCACUGCAAAAACCAACAAAAUAAAAUGUGUGCAAAAAUAAAAAAAAAGGCGACAGAAAUCAACUUUUUCCAACGAAUAAAUUUCGAGUUUUCGAUAGUCUCGGUCCGCCACAGACAGUGGUCGUGGUCG